GAUCGGGCAUGUGGGUCCCGGGUGGUCAGUGAGCUGGCCCUAGUCGCGGCUUCGCCGGUCCACGCCGUGCGUGUGCGUGGUCGCUCCGCGUGGAAGGGAGCAUCCGGAGGAGAAAAGUCCCUCUGGGGAGAGACAAGUCCCACAGCCUUGAGCGGUACCAGGGUCAGGCUCCGGGCCCACGGAGAAGCGCGGGCCCUUCUUGCCCGCGGAGGUGGCCGGCCCGGGACCAUGAAUCUGCUGCCCAGGAGCUCCAAGGAAUUCGGGUCCGCAGAUUACUGGGAGAAGUUCUUUCAGCAGCGGGGGAAGAAAGCCUUUGAGUGGUACGGGAGCUACCUGGAGCUGUGCGGGGUGCUGCACAAGUACAUCAAGGCCAAGGACAAGGUGCUGGUGGUUGGAUGUGGUAACUCAGAGUUGAGUGAACAGCUUUAUGAUGUGGGCUACCAGGAUAUUGUGAACAUUGACAUCAGUGAGGUAGUCAUCAAGCAGAUGAAAGAACGCAAUGGUAGCAGGCGGCCUCAGAUGAGUUUCCUGCAGAUGGACAUGACAAAGAUGGAGUUCCCUGAUGCCUCCUUUCAGGUGGUAUUGGACAAGGGUACCCUGGAUGCUGUCCUGACAGAUGAGGAAGAGAAAACACUGGAAAAGGUGGACAGGAUGCUGGCAGAGGUGGGCCGGGUGCUGCAGGUCGGAGGGCGAUAUCUGUGCAUCUCCCUGGCCCAAGCUCACAUCUUGAAGAAAGCUGUGGAUCACUUCUCCAGGGAAGGGUGGAUGGUAAGGGUGCACCAAGUAACCAGCAGCCAGAACCAGUCAUCAGACACAGAGCCACAGUUUUCCCUGCCUGUCUUUGCAUUCAUCAUGACCAAAUUCAGGCCAGUUUCUGGCUCUGCCCUUCAGAUCCUUGAGCUGUGUGCUCAGGAACAAAGCAAGCCUGUACGACUGGAGAACACCGAGCGGCUGGCAGAGGCAGUACGGGAGCGGCAGCGGUAUGCCUGGUUGCAGAGCCAGCUGAGCCGAAAGACUGGGCCUGGGAGCGUAUCCCUAGAUUUAUGUGAUGGGAGCACCGGGGAGCCACGCUACACCCUGCAUGUUGUGGAUACCCCCGCUGUGAAGCUGUCCAGAGACAAUCAUUUUGCCAUUUUCAUCAUUCCCCAGGGCCGAGAGACAGAGUGGCUGUUUGGCAUGGAGGAAGGUCGGAAGCAGCUGGCAGCCAGUGCGGGCUUCAGGCGACUGAUCACAGUGGCCCUGCACAGGGACCAGCAGUACCAAGGCAUGGACAGCAUCCAGGCCGAGCUGUCAGGGAAAAUCAUGGAGCUGGCACCUCCAGGGCUGCCAGCCCAGCAGCAGGUGCCUUUCUUGUCUGUUGGUGGGGACAUUGGGGUCCGGACCAUUCAGCACCGAGACUAUAGUUCCUUGAGUGGUGACUAUGUCAUUGAGGAUGUCCAGGGGGAUGACAAGCGCUACUUCCGACGUCUGAUCUUUCUCAGCAACAGGAAUGUGGUACAGUCGGAAGCCAGGUUGCUGACUGAUACACCUCAUCGAGCCCAAAAAAAGCGGAAAAAGGAUAAGAAGAAACUCCGGCCAGCUGAUGCUCCAGAGAACCCUCCUGUGCCUGCGAGUCAGCCCAUUGAGAAGAGUUUUCUGUGCUGUGAACACCACAAGGCCAUGAUUGCUGGGCUUGCCUUGCUGAAAAACCCAGAGAUGCUCCCAGAGGAGUCGCUGUCGUUACUGGUGGUCGGUUUGGGUGGCGGUAGCCUGCCCCUCUUUAUCCAUGAUCACUUCUUGAAGUCUCACAUCGAUGCUGUGGAGAUCGACCCUUCUAUGCUGGAGGUAGCCACCCGCUGGUUUGGCUUCACCGAGAGUGACCGGAUGAAAGUUCACAUUGCAGAUGGCCUGGACUACAUCACCAAUCUGGCCAGAGAAGCACAAGCUCGCUACGAUGUCAUCAUGUUUGAUGUAGACAGCAAGGACCCAACGGUAGGAAUGAGCUGCCCACCUCCAGCCUUUGUGGACCAUGCUUUUCUGCAGAAUGUCAAAGGGAUCCUGACCCCAGAAGGUGUCUUCAUUCUGAACUUGGUGUGUCGAGACUCAGGGCUGAAGGACUCAGUGCUGGCCAGACUCAAGAAGGUGUUCCCUCUGCUCUACGUACGGCAGAUUGAGGGCGAGGUCAAUGAGAUCCUCUUCUGCCAGCUGCAGCCCGAGCAUAAGCUGGCUACCUCUGAGAUCCUUGAGAUGGCCCAGGCCCUGGAAAGGACACUGAGGAGACCAGGGAAGGGCUUUGAUAGCACAUAUGUCCUGUCAGACAUGCUCAAGACCGUGAAGAUUGUGUGAUAACCAAGGGCAGGCGAAUGGAGCGACAUAAUGGGUGGUUGGGGACAGAAAAGAAGAGAAAAAUAACAAAAAUAAUUUGAAAGCCUCUUGCUUCUCUCUUGUCUUCAUAGAUUUGCGCUGUUAGCCUCUGCUAUGUAAUUGUUGGGACUUUGGCUUGCCAUGGGGUUUGGGAGAAUGAAAGAGGGUCUCUGCCUUCAAUAUCUCUUGGUAUUUGGGCUCCACCUCCCAGAAUUCCCCACUGAGCUUUCCUUCCUCCCUGGUUCUAGUCAGCCUCAUAACAGGCUACAAACCCUGGGUAUUAGGGAAACAGGAUUCCAGGACCAGCAUUUACUAAGUGCCUUAGGACCACUGGAGCUUAAAUGGAUCAGUUCCACUUAAAUAGGUUUUGAGUUCUGUCUAGUAGAUCUUGAGGAAAAUCUUGUGUCCAUUGAAUUCAACAAAUGUUUCUCAAGUGUACAGCGCUGAACUGGCAAUGAUGGAGAUACAAAGUUUUGAUAAGACAUGUCCCUUGCCCUCGUGGAGUGUAUGGUCUGAUUGGGCUCAGGGAACUGUAGUGCAAGCUCUCACUUACAUGCAUCUCUUUAAUGCACAUAAAAUCUAAGGGGCAAGUUCAGUGAGGACUUCACGAGGGAGUGGCCUUUGAAUUGGAUCUUCGGGAAUGUGUAGGAAUUCAGCAGGCACAAAAGGAAAGGGAAGGGCAUUCCAGACACAGAGGAUAGCAUAAGCUAGGGCAUAGAGAGGAGAGAGUCCAAGGCCUGCUUAGAGGAGCAAAAGGGUAGAGUUUGGCUGGAGCCUUAAGUGUAUGAAACAGUGAACUAAUGGUGUUACAGGUAGGGGUGGUGCCAGAUUACGGAGGGCCUUGAAUGCAAUGGAAUCAUCUUCAACAUCUCACUUGCACUCACCCUCAAUAUCCAGUAUGUUGUCAAUUCUUGUCUACCUUCUCAGUGUCUUUUGUGGACGUCCCCUUUUCUCUAGGCACAUGACCGCACCCCAGAACAGGCCCUCUAUCACCUCUUUCCUGUACUGUGGCAGUGACCUCCUAAUUGGUUCCCCGCCUCAUCUCUUCCUACUCCAAUCUAUCUUCCAUUUAACUGCCAAAAUUACCUUCCUUCAACACAGGUUUGAUCAUGUUACCCGUCCUGCUUGAUAAAUUCUGGGGAUUCCUUCUUACUUCCAGGAUCAAAUAUAAAAUCCUCUGACACUUAAAGCCCUUUGCAACUUGGUCCCUUCCUGCUUUUCCAAUAUUCUUACACUUUAUUCUUCUCUGUCCACUCUUCCCAUCUAGCCCAACUGGCCUAUUUGCUAUUCUUCACACACAGUACUCCCCAUCUCCAUUCUUUGUACUAUUUCCACGUGCAAGCCUAUUCCUGGCAUGUUCUACUUCCUCACUCCAACUUUUAGCUUUCCUAGAAUCCUUCGAGACUCAACUCAGAUCUCACCUUUGGCCAGAGGCCUUUACUUCCGUAAUUAUUCUCUAUAUCUUCUAUGUACAUUGUUAGUUGAAUGUUGGCUCCCUUGUUAGAAUAUGAUCUUGAGCCUGGGGCCGUGUUUUUUGCUUUCUAUGUAUUCCCAGUACACUUACUGACACAUAGUAGGUGUUUAAUAAAUGCUUAAUGAUUGACGUGGAAGGCAAUGGAAGACAAUUAGAAUUUUUUGAACAGAAGAAUGCCAUAAUGAAGCCUGUGUAUAAGGAAGACUAGUUUGGCAAAGUACGUGAGGUGGAUUAUAACGGUGAGGGAUUAGGAAAGUAGUAUAAUAGUCUAAGGUAUUAAUGAGAACCUAAAGAGGUUGGUGACUAUGGAAAUAGGAGACAUGACCCAGGCUGGCACUUAAAAUACAGCUAUUUCAGUGGGACAUCCACAUUUCUGGAAGAUUGUGGAUAAUCUGAGCUAUUUCUCUUGCUUGGCCCAGUGCCUACCACAUAGUAGGUGCUUAAUAGAUGCUUCUUGUUGACUUGACUGUCUGUGGUCUGGCACCAAAGUGGUUUUUUAGACGUGAGAAUCAAUACUGUUCUUAGAUUUCAUUUGGACCAGAACCUUCGAGGUCUUCUGACUAGUCCAACCUCAUUUUACAGACAAGAGGUUAAAUUACUUGCCUGAAGUUCACACAAGCGGAGCUGGCAUUUGAAUCUGAUGUCCUUUGACUCUAAAUCUAAGGCUCUUUACUUUGGAGCACAAAUAACUGGAACAAAUCCUACCUCUUCUUACAGGAGGGGGUUUGUGACCAUCACCAACCUGGGUUUGUCUGAAAUAAUAAGUGGACUGGGCUUAAUGGAAGACCUUUGUGAAGUGAGUGCAGUGGGCUCGAUCACCCCUAAAUCUAUGAUGCCAUGGUGAAGGAUACCUAGUCCACAGCCCUUCUUUUACAAAUAAGACCCAGAGAGUUUCAGUGUCUUACCUGGCCAGUAAAACAGCUGGGUUCUAAAUUUAUUUAUUCCAUGCUUAUAACCUUCCAUAUUUUUAACCUUUGUUGUGUGGCCUAAAUUUCCCCUCUAGUGGUUUAAGGUCAUUCCUAGUCAUGUGUUAAGUAGAGGUAACAACUCACAUGUGUAUAAGAACUUUUCAGUUCCCAAACCCCUUUCCAUGUAUCAUUCAUACUUUAUCUUAUCCCUGUUAGGUUAGAAAAGUAAUAUCAUAGUUUUACAAAGGAUAAAACAGAAUUUAAAAAAAAAUUUUUGAGUUCUGAAUUAUCUCCCUUCAGCCAUUUCCCCACCAAUUGAGAAGGCAAG